CUGCUUGCUGCGUCACUUAUAUAGGAAAUAGCCGGUUUGUGAGAGGGAGACGCAAGUAUUUCGCGCUCGUUUUUACCGAGACAAGGGUAGUCGGAAUCGUAGCGUGAAUCGUGAGUGAGCGAGAACAAUACAUCGUUUACUUCUCGCUCGUGUUUUCGAUCAUUUUCGUAUAAAUAGAAGCAGCAAUGUUGCUUUUGGCAUUAGUUUAUUUGUGACGUUCGUGCAGUGAGAAGUGAAAAAUAAUAAGUGAAAAAUGACUGGUCGCGGCAAAGGUGGCAAAGGCUUGGGUAAAGGAGGCGCUAAGCGUCAUCGCAAAGUGUUACGUGAUAACAUCCAAGGUAUUACCAAGCCAGCUAUUCGUCGCUUGGCUCGCCGUGGCGGCGUGAAGCGUAUCUCUGGACUUAUUUAUGAGGAGACACGUGGUGUGCUAAAGGUAUUCUUGGAAAAUGUUAUUCGUGAUGCCGUCACCUACACCGAGCACGCUAAGAGGAAAACUGUCACAGCCAUGGAUGUUGUUUAUGCGCUAAAGAGACAAGGUCGCACUUUGUACGGCUUUGGCGGUUAAUCAAUUAACAAUUUGUAAAAUACCAAUCGGUCCUUUUCAGGACCACCAACAAUCUUAUCAAGAGAGAUGCAGAAAUAUGCUCAACAAUAUGAAAUGAAUAUUGUAAGCAAAUAUAAUUUUUGGGGGCACUGCGGAGAAA